AUGGCGGAAAUCGGAGGGAUGCUCGCCGCUGCCGUCCUCAAGGCGGCGGCCGGAAAGGUGUCAGCCGCCGCUGCAGAUCGGGUCAUGCUGCAGUGGAGAUUCGACGACGACCUGAGGGACAUGAUGGAAUCAAUCGAGGCGGUGCUCGACGACGCGGAGAGGCGCUCCAUCAGUGAAGCGUCGGUGCGGGUGUGGCUCAAGCGCCUCACCACAGCCUCCUACAGCAUAUCCGACAUGUUUGAUGAAUUCGAGGUCAAUACUAGCAGGAAAUCGGCUUUAUGGAAGUUCAAAGUUCUAAAUCCCUUUCUCACACUUGCUUCUGAGAUUGGUAUGGCUGCUAAGAUGAAGAAGGUUAGGGAGAAACUGGAGAAUAUCUCAAAGCAACGGCACGAAUUCAGUUUUACGGCAGGCAACAGCUCGUAUGCACAGCAAGUUAUUGAUGAACGUGAAACAAAGUCAGAGGUGGUAGAAGCAGAUAUCCUGGGAAGGGAUCAAGAGAAACGGAGAGUAAUAGCACUUUUAACUAGAGCCAGCACCUCAUCAGAGUUCAUUAUCCUUCCUAUAUACGGCAUUGGAGGUAUUGGGAAGACAACGUUAGCACAACUGCUUUUCAAUGAUAAGUAUUUCAAGGACUAUGAGAAAGCAUGGGUAUAUGUUUCCCAAAUAUUUGAUUUGAAAAAAAUUGAUGACACUAUAAGAUCACAACUUCAGAAGGAUCAGAGGCAGCUAACCGACAUGCAAGAGCCAGAUGCUGAUCCACCACUUCCUAAGAAGAUUCUGAUCGUUUUGGAUGACUUGUGGGAGAACGAUGACUUUAAGGUUGAUGAUCUAAAGCAUACCCUGAAAAGGGUUUUGAAUGGAUACAAAAUUGUUGGAUUUGAAGGAAGAGCAGACAGAGGAAGGUUAGAAGAUAUAGGAAAGGAGAUUGCAAUGAAGUGUGGAGGAUAUACACCUUCGCCAUAUGACAAUGUUCUUGCAUCCUUGAAAUUAAGCUACAUAAGUAUGCCGCCAUUCCAAAGGCUUUGCUUUGCUUAUUGUGCAAUCUUUCCUAGGGGCCACAAGAUGACUAAAGAUGACCUCAUUUAUCAAUGGGCUGCUCUUGGUUUUAUUAAACCGUCUAGUGAAGUGUCCACCUGGCUGCAUGGCGAGAGCUGCAUUAUGAAACUAUCAGGGAUGUCAUUCUUGCAACAUUCAAGAUCCCCUUCGAGCCAUUCGUUUUCUGGAAAGUGUCAAAUUGAGCGUGAUGCAGCUGAAAUUUCAACUGCUAAGUACCUGCGAGUCUUGGAUUUUGGAGAAUGUUCCAUACAGAACUUGCCGCCUUCUAUUGGUCAACUAAAGCUAUUGAGGUAUCUCAAUGCUCCAGGCAUCAAAGAUGCAGUGAUUCCCAGUAGUAUCACCAAGCUCUCAAAACUAAUUUACCUCAACCUCUGUGGAUCUUCUACGGUAAAUCGUAUACCAGAUGCCUUGCGUGGUCUUACCAAACUCCAAUAUUUGAAUUUAUCAAGGAGAAGUUAUGCACAUUACCAGCCAACUCUCCAAGGGCUGUCGGAAGUAACCAGAGAACUCACUGAACUCCGGUAUUUGAAUUUAUCAGGGUGUGUAGACUGUACUUGUAACCCUCAAACAAAGGAAGCAGAAGGUGGAGAAGUCUCAGAUAACACUGGUGGUUUCCUUGACAUUAUCAGCGCCCUUUCAAAUCUAGAACAUCUAGAUUUGUCUCAUAAUCUUACUCUUUAUACUAUACCUGACAAAAUUUGUGGCCUCCGAAAGCUACAUACCCUGGACCUCAGUUGCUGCCGUAAUCUGGAAAGCGUACCCGAAAACAUAGGUGACAUGGAGAGCCUGAAAUGUCAACAAAGCAGCAAUCUUCUUCUCCUUAAAGAUGUCACUCCUCCUGAGUUGGAGAUAAGUGCCCUUGAAAAUGUAAGGUCCGUAGAAGAGGCACAGAAAAUAAAAUUGAAGGACAAACUAAGUAUGGUAAUACUGAGACUUUAUUGGACAGGUGAAAAGGAAAGAUUUGUGGAGGACAUGGAAUUAUUGAGAGAGUUCGAGCCACCAAGCAGUUUAGAAGAGUUUGAGCUAAGAGGUUACAACAGUGUCAGCUUUCCUACAUGGUUAAUGGACAUUGCUAUUUAUCUCCCUAAUCUUGUCAGAGUCAAGUUGGAUGGCUUGUCCCACUGCAGUAGCCUACCACCACUUGGCCAGUUACCGAAUUUAAAACAUGUUAAUCUCACAGCAAUGCACAGCAUUUUGAAGAUUGACAGAGGCUUUUGUGGUGGCGUAAACGCAUUCGCUCGAUUGGAGGAAAUUUUCAUAUACAAUAUGGAAAGCCUAGAAGAGUGGAGUACGGUGAAUUCCUAUGGUGAUGGUGAGGAUGUUGCGGAUGAUCAGUUCAUGUUCCCCAACCUCAAGUUCCUAAGGAUAUGUCGAUGCCGCAAGUUGAAGUUGAACCCAUGUCCGCCAAGAGUAAAUGGAACCUGGCACAUAAUAGAUAGCAAUGGUGUCCUGCUGCAAUGGGAAGAGACUUCUCGCAACUCCUCCCUUGCUUUGGUACAAUGCUUGAGGGUCACAUCCUGCAGGGCUCCUAUGCAUCACUGGAAGUUGCUUCACCACCUUCAUGGGCUCAGUGAGUUAGUUCUCGAGUAUUGUGGUGAUCUAAGUUGCUCGUCAGAGAUCAUUCAAGUCCUUGGUUCCCUCCGAGAACUUACCCUGAACUCUUGUGGUAGCAUGAGCAUGACAUCACUACCGGAAUGGCUUGUAGACCUCACCUCUCUCCAAACAUUGAAGAUCAAGGGGUGCCGAAGCCUGAAUAAAUUGCUAGUGAGCAUGCGACCCCUGAGCUCUCUUCAGUCAAUGUCUUUGUAUGGUUGCCCGGACAUUCGAGCACUGCCAGAAUCGUUAGGUGAUCUUGUGUCUCUGAACAAUCUGGAGAUUUGUUUCUGUGAGGGCAUAGUGUCCUUGCCGAAAAGCAUGCAACAACUCGUCAAUCUUGAAAGACUAACCAUUUGUGGUUGCCCCGCAUUAGAGCAUUGGUGCGAAUUACCUGAAAACAAGAUGAAGAUUAGUCACGUCAAAGUGGUAUGUUCUGUAUUACUAUACUAUCGGCCCUAUUUAUUUGGUUCUAAUUAUUUCCACUGA